GCAGAGGUUGAUGGAGGGAGAGGAAGACAGGAGGAGGCAGAGAGCAGUUUUCAGCCCCUUCUGAAUGUUUCAUAAGGGAGAUCCUCCAACAUCAAGUCGCCUGGAUGGACGGAAGGAAGGAAAGAGUGGGCACUGAGGUGAGGGAGUGACAAAGGGACACACAAGAAAAAAGGAAGAAGAGUGAGAAGCUGUGUUGAGGGGAGGAAUCUCUCUCUCUAGGAAGGAGCUGGAUGUGACCCUGCAGAGGGUAAAGCCCCUCAGAAAGGAAAAGAGAGAGGAAGAGGGCACGACUGCUGGCUGGAUAAUCCCUAAACCCGAGAAGAAGAGAGAAAAGGGGGGAGGAUAAGACCGCAAAGAGGCAACACAUACAUCAAAAAAAAGGUAUGUGUGAGCUGGACUCUUCCUAGAUGGAUGUUUGCCUGUGAGGUCGUCUCAAUAUUUCUGCAUCAUCAUCCCCAUCCCAGUGUGAACUUGUCUGUUUCUGGAGAAGGAAAGAAGAGUUCAAAAUCAGCUGAUGUGACUGAAUUUUGAGAGAAAAAAAAAAGGGGGCAGGAUUUGAAAGAUAAACAAAAAAAAGUCUGAUGUCAUCCAACGAGCUGAGCGUUGAGAUGGACUCCUGCAUCCGGACGUUCAAGGAGCACAUGCACCUGGAGCUGGAGCCUCCCAAAAUCCCAGGUGUGAUGGGAGGGAAGAGGGGCGCCACGUCCCCUAAACUGUCCCCCAGAAGCUCUCCGCGCCUUUUCCGAAAGCUGAUGGUUAACAAGAGCAUCAGGCAGAGGCGGCGCUUCACUGUGGCCCACACCUGUUUCGAUGUGGAGAAUGGCCCGUCUGCCAGCUGCAGCCCCCUGGACCCCCAGGCUUCCCCCGGCUCCGGUCUGGUCCUCCACACUAACUUCCCGGGUCACAACCAGCGGCGGGAGUCCUUCCUGUACCGCUCGGACAGCGACUAUGAUCUCUCUCCCAAGUCCAUGUCAAGAAACUCCUCCAUCGCCUCGGAAUUACAUGGAGAUGACCUGAUCGUAACGCCUUUUGCUCAGGUUCUUGCAAGCCUUCGAAGUGUGAGGAAUAACUUCACUGUCCUGACAAAUGUCCAGUGUGCCUCAAGCAAGAGGUCUCCUGUAGCACCGACUCAGCCUCCAAUCACCAGAGUUUGUCUACCAGAUGAGGCGUACCAGAAGCUGGCCAUGGAGACGAUGGAGGAGCUGGACUGGUGUCUGGACCAGCUGGAGACCAUCCAGACCUACCGCUCCGUCAGCGACAUGGCCUCCACCAAGUUCAAGAGAAUGUUGAAUCGGGAGUUGACGCACCUAUCGGAGAUGAGUCGGUCUGGAAAUCAAGUUUCAGAAUUCAUCUCCAACACCUUCCUAGACAAGCAGAACGAUGUGGAGAUCCCGUCGCCGACGUCCAAGACGCGAGAGAAGAAGAAGCAGCAGCUGAUGACACAGAUCAGCGGGGUCAAGAAGAUCUCCCACGGGCCCUCGCUCUCCAGCAGCAGCGUCUCGCGCUUCGGCGUCAAGACCGACAAGGAGGAGCUGCUGUCCAAGGAGUUGGAGGACCUCAACAAGUGGGGCCUGAACAUCUUCACCGUCUCCGAGUACUCGCACAACCGGCCUCUCACCUGCAUCAUGUACGCCAUCUUCCAGGAGCGAGACCUGUUGAAGACAUUUAAGAUCCCAAUGGAUACAUUUGUGGCCUACAUGAUGACGUUGGAAGAUCACUACCAUUCAGAUGUGGCCUACCACAACAGCCUGCACGCUGCUGAUGUAGCCCAAUCCACGCACAUCCUCCUCUCCACUCCGGCCCUGGAUGCCGUCUUCACAGAUCUCGAGAUCCUCGCAGCCAUCUUUGCUGCAGCUAUCCAUGAUGUUGACCAUCCUGGAGUAUCAAACCAAUUUCUUAUUAAUACCAACUCGGAGCUGGCGUUGAUGUACAACGAUGAGUCCGUGCUGGAGAACCAUCACCUGGCUGUAGGAUUUAAACUGCUGCAGGAAGACAACUGUGAUAUCUUCCAGAACCUCACCAAAAAACAGAGACAGUCCCUGCGCAAGAUGGUCAUUGACAUGGUUUUGGCCACUGACAUGUCCAAACACAUGAGUCUGCUGGCUGAUCUGAAGACCAUGGUGGAGACAAAGAAGGUGACGAGCUCUGGAGUGCUGCUGCUGGACAAUUACACCGACAGGAUACAGGUGCUGAGGAACAUGGUGCACUGUGCUGACCUGAGUAACCCCACCAAGUCCCUGGAGCUGUAUCGUCAGUGGACUGAUCGGAUAAUGGAGGAGUUCUUCCACCAGGGAGACCGAGAGAGGGAGAGGGGGAUGGAGAUCAGCCCUAUGUGUGAUAAACACACAGCUUCAGUGGAGAAGAGCCAGGUGGGUUUCAUAGAUUACAUCGUUCACCCUCUGUGGGAGACCUGGGCUGAUCUGGUUCACCCCGAUGCCCAGGACAUCCUGGACACACUGGAGGACAACAGGAACUGGUACCAGAGCAUGAUCCCCCAGAGCCCCUCCCCGCCCUUCUACGACCAGGGAACGCACGGGGGGAACACGGGCGGUCAAGGAGGUGGAGAGAAAUUCCAGUUUGAGCUGACCCUAGAGGAGGAGGACUUGGACGGAAUAGAGAAAGAUGGAGAUGAUGAGGAGGAGGAGGAGGAGGAAGAAGAAGAGGAGGAAGAAGAAGAGGAGGAUAGUUUAGGAGAUUCUCGUUCCCCUCCUCUGGACUAUUUGGACGGUCAGGAUCAGGAGGAAGACAGCAACAUGAUGGAGCCGGCAAUAGAGAUUGUGACGCACGAGGCAUCGCCAACAGACACAUAGGGGCUUCCAUCAUCGCGCUCACCAAAUGGUGAUUUGGAAGCUUUUUGAAGAGGGGGAGAUCCUCUUGCAGCUGUGCUUUUUAGAAAAGCCCACAGGCAAGGGCUUUAGUUUUCGUCCCGCAAAGGGGGGCGUCUUGCACUUGGGUGUUUGAAGCCAGCGGACAGUUUGAGCGGAGCGGCUUCAGAGUUCUCAGGAAAUAACGGCUGCGAACAUUUUAGUCUUGAUGAUGGACGGGCAAGACUGAGGGUGGAACUUGAAGGAUUUCGGCCAGUUGGGAGAAAAGGUUCCUUUUUCUUUUUCUGGACUGGCAUUAAAAGGACAGAAAUCGACACUACUGAGAGAAGUUUUGUACCUUAAGACUUUUUUUUUUUUUACAUUCAAAGAUCUAGAAGUAGCAUAGAGUAAGAUCUACUGAUGGAGACACAUUUGUAUAGAAGAGAAAGUGUUUACUUUUUUCCUGUACCAUUUGUCAAAGGACUUUUGUGUGCCUUUUUUUACUAUUGUCUUUAUAAUAGUUUUUUAUUUAUUGAACACUCUAGUAUGUCUGUGACUUUUUUUUUUUUUUUUUUCUAUCUGAAAGAGCAAAAUCUUUUUGUAUGUUAAAAAGAGAACAGUCUUCCAUGUAUUGGGCAAUAGAGAAAUCCAAACAAACGUCAACAAACAAACUCAUCAACAUAGGGAAACAGGAACACCAACAUCUGACCAACACUCAUCUUUUUAUCUCGUUUGAUUUCCGAUCUGAGCACAAUGUUUUCUUUGGAAUUCGGACGCUUAUGUUGCAUGUUGAGUUUGUUACUGUCACUGAUGCAUCGCCUAUUUUCAUACUCCCAUCUUUUCUACUUUUCUUUCAAAUGGUCUGCAGAUUAUUUGGGAUUCCACACCAAACAAGACUUUGAAUGCUAAAAUACUCAAAUUUUGAAAUCCUACGCUUGCAACUAUAUGGUGUAAAAAUACAUGAUUUAUGAAAAACAGUCUUUCAUUUUUGCAUCAAAUUGUUGUUUUCAAGGUGUGAAAUAGACGCACAGGUCCUGUUAAAACCAAAACUCCCACUAAAGAGCCACCAAAGUUCUUCUGAUUAUCAGUCUCUGAGGGACAAAAUGCACACCAGAGAUGAAUCUAUUUUUAGCCCACAUGUAUGCUGCAGUCUUAAUAAUCAUGUUAGUAAGAGCGGGCCUUAACCCUAGACUGGGUCUGAUGUAACGCCCCCCCCCCCUCCGGCCCCUCUGCAAUCAGGCCCAUAUGAUUAAAGGUGCACAUACAGCUGCCUGUCUGAAAGGCGCUCUCAGACCCUCAUCAGCGCCACUAUUCACGUGGUUUACAAACCCCUCUGGGCUCCACAGACACGACCCCAAAAACAAUCAGGCCAGCUAUUUCUUCCUCACCAUUAAAAAAAAUCCCUCAAGGGCAGCGGCUGCUCAUUGACGUCAAUUGAUUUUUUUUUUUUUUAAAUCCCUCCCCCUUCACUGUAUCAGGUUUCCAGGACAGUGGGAUUAUUAGGAUUUGGCAGAGAUGGAAUUGCUUGGAUUCAGCGUGGCAGACUUUACCCUGAUGGGAGAGAAAGGAAUAAUUAGGUGCUCUAUUUUUAAAACAUUCAAAGAAAUCGCUCCUGAAGCGUUUGGGAAUAUGGUUUAAAAAUGGUUUGCAGACUAUACAUUCCUGCUCCUGUUUAUGGAUGUUCUUAAUACAUCUAUCAAUCUGUUCAUUUUCAUAAUGGUUUACUGAUAAACUCAAAGGUACUUCAUCUAAUUUCACUCCAGCAUGAGUAAGUGUGCAGUACGUGUGAAUGGAUGUGUGUGUGUGUGUGUGUGUGUGUGUGUGUGUGUGUGUGUGUGUGUGUGUGUGUGUGUGUGUGUGUGUGUGUGUUUGUAAUCAGGCCUCACCCCCCCCCCCCCCCCCCCCCCCCCAUCACUCCACACCUUUGUCUCUACUGUUUGUUGCUAGGAGCUCAAGUUGGUCCUUUUUGCUGUUUAUAACAGUGUGUAUUUAUUCUCUACUUUAAGCUUUGUAUAUAAGAAAUACUGGUUCAGUGUAAAAUCUAUUUUAAUUUAUAUGCACUUGCAUUACCUGGAAGUGGUGGUGUCUAAUGUGUAGAAGGCUCCAGAUUAGAGUCUUUUUUAUACAUGUAUUAUGUUUUUAUAUAAAUAUAUAUAAAUAUAUCUAAGUAUAUAUUCGCACAAUGUUUUGAGUACCCAGCAGAGCAGAAGCUAAAGAGACAUGUUGCUGCUGUCAAAUGAAAAUGUUGUAACUCCAAAGAAGAAAAUUAAACAUAGAAUCCUCUUUUAACUCUUUAUUCAGCGUAUUGUGCAAAGAUAUGAAACUUUUGCAUCACUUUGGAUUCUUAAAAACCAGAUCAAGCAUCAUUUUAUAUUUCUUAAAACCUCAAUUAGACAAAGACUUUGAAUUCCCUAUUUUGAUCAUGAAGUAUUUUGUGUUUGUGCUUGGACACAAAUCAAUUUGAGUUAUUUUGAAGCUACGACGUUUUUACCUGACAGCAGCAAAUUGGAAACCCAGAGGCGACAUAGAGGACAUGUUAAACUGUGUAGGAUAAAGGAUACAUAAAAGCUAGCUAUGACAGCUCGACGCUUGGUAUCAAGAACACAAUCAGCUCAUUUUCUCUCUAAGCUUUUCCAUCCAGCAUUUGAAUGCAGAUUGCUGAUAUGAGAAACAGGUUCAACUGACAAACAGGAAGCGAUUGACUCCUUUUACACUUGACGCACUUCAUGUAAAAGUAGAUAACACGGGGAGCGUAUUGGUAGCAUGCUUCAAUACUCCCUGCACUGAUGUGAAUCGUUCUGAAUUAACAACAAAACAUGAUCUUAUGUAACCUGAUUGUGCUCAUGUGUGAACUCUCUCUGACCAAACUUGUUAGCAGUUUUGAGAUUCAGAUGUGUCAGUAUUGACAUUGUUUUUCUAUGUUGGAGCUUUUUUUGGUCCUAGUUGUGUCCAAAUGGUUAGCCAGGUUUAGCACUAUCUGCAUGAGAGAUGGGUUUUUUUUAUUGUCAAUAAUAUGUUCCAAGUCCGCCAGUUGUUGGCAGGAGGGUUAUUCAAUGUUUCACACAAUGUAUGGUAUUAUAUUGUAUAUUGUGUUCAAAAAUAAAUCUGAAAUACUUUUUCUAUUAAGUGAUUAAAAGAAAAGCAUGAAUAUA